AUGAAUGAACAACAGGAAACUUUAAGAGUGCAGUUAAGGGGGUCAUUGGUGGAUCUGUUAAGACAGCUACAAAAUUUAGAUUCAGAACAAUUAGAUGCCAUUACAUUCAGGAUUGGACAAUUAGCCUUCCAUAUCAUAAGACUUUGUGAUGUAAACCUUGUGGAUGAUGAAAUUCAACAUUGUGUCACACAAGCAAUGUAUUAUUUGCAAAGAGUGGAAGAGUUGAAUACUGAUAGACCUUUUACAAUAGAAGUUGUUAAUUUUGGCAGAGCAGGCCGUCCAGGUCUUGACAUUAGUCUUGAGCAACUAAACUACUUCCUGAACUAUCAAUUUUCCAUCAGUGAUAUUGCAAGAACUUUGGGAGUCUCACAAAGUACAAUAUUUAGACGAAUGCGAAAAUAUGGCCUGUUUGGCAGGUCCAAUUUACCUCCUCUGUCAGAUGAUGAGCUUGAUGCCAAAAUGAGGGAGGUUUUACAGGAAUUUCCUAAUGCAGGAUACCGUAGAGUUAUUUCCCAACUUGCUGUUGCUGGGUUGAAUCCCCCGCAAAUGAGUGUUCGAGAGUCGAUGCGAAGGGUUGACCCCCAAGGAGUUGCUGUUAGAUGGCUGAGAUUGACUCCAAGAAGGCAAUAUAGUGUUUCUGGUCCUUUGGCAUUAUGGCACAUAGACGGCAACCAUAAAUUGACCAG